AUUAACUUGCUGGUAACUGAAUGUAAAGAGUUAGCAGCUAGAGAGAGUUCGAUCAACAGGUUAUUGUGAAGUGCCAUGUGUGUUUUCUGAAUGAAGUUUCUCAUUCGUAAAAUUGCCCGUAUAAUUGUUGUUACAUAUAUUCCUCAUAAUGGCAGAUGAUGCAGAUCUAAUGGAGUUUGAAGACAUCCUAAAAGAAGUUGGAGGUUAUGGACCAUAUCAGAAACGCCUAGUAUUUUUGUUGCUCGUGCCAUCUCUGUGCCUAACUCCUUUCUUUUCGAUGAAUAUAUUUUUCAUGCUUUCUGUUCCUGAUCACUGGUGUUUUAUACCUGAAAUAGCAUCAUCUAAUUUAAGUCUACAACAACAGAAACUUUUUAGUCCGCAAACGGAUCCAUCUUGUUUGAUGCACGACGUAAAUUAUACAGAAUAUCUGAAUUCUAGUUCUUCUUUCUCGAUCUUCAACAAUUCCCAAACACUUCCUUGUGUACACGGUUGGCAAUAUGACAAGUCGCAAUAUGAAUACACAGCAGCUAGUCAGUGGAACCUGGUUUGCAGUGAUGGUCAUUAUGUUAGCUUCGUUAUUAUGAUACAGUACAUUGGUAGCAUUAUUGGAAACCCUUUCAACGGAUUUCUAUCGGACAGAUUUGGCAGGAAAGUUGUUUUCGUGUGUAUUCUUCUUUUAGCUGCUGCGACAGAAGUUGCAUCUGUGCUUGUGAAAGAUUUUAUGGUUUUUACAGUAAUUAGAGGGAUUAAUGGAGUUGUAUUUCCUGCCAUCUAUCAACUGCCUUUUGUUACGCUUUUAGAGAUCGUCUCUCCAGAAAAACGCGCCUUUAUAAAUGGAGUCCAGAGCUGUUGUUGGACAUUUGGACUAUGUCUUUUACCUGCAGUUGCUUAUUUAUCAAGAAGCUGGGUUACCUUGAGCCUAAUUACGGCUUCAAUGACGGUUUUCCUUUUAUUUUGUUGGAGUUUUAUUCCCGAAUCCCCACGUUGGUUGGUCUCUCGGGGAAGAUGUGAAGAAGCAUUUGGAAUUAUGAAAAAAAUUGCAAAGAAGAAUGGAAAAACUCUCAAUCCUUGUAUUCUGCUGACAAAACUACAGGCUUUAGACGAAAAGUGUAAAGACGAAAAGCUGAAGGGUCUGAAGCAUUCAGCAACGGAUAUUCUGAGGGUACCACACAUGAGAAAACUCUUCGCAUUUAUCAGUAUCUGUUGGACUGCAAGUUUCUUGGCAUAUGAAGGUCUGCAGUUAAAUGUUUACAACUUAACUGGAAAUGAAUUCCUAAACUUCUUUCUUCUGGCGGUGAUGGAAGUGCCAGGCAACUUAGCAAGUUGGUUACUGAUGGAACGGUUUGGAAGGAGAUUUACACUUAUUAUUAGCUUCAUUCUUACAGGCCUUGUAUGCGUCUUGUCUGUGAUAGAAUAUCCUUACAGUGAUGUGGCAAUUUCCAUAAUAGGCAAAUUCCUAUCAGCCAUUACCUCCAUGGCGACCUACCAAAGAAGUUCAGAGCUUUUCCCAACGGUAGUCAGAUGCUUAGGAUUGAGUAUGUGCAGCAUGGUGGCAACCAUAAUCACGCUUUGUAUACCCUACAUUGUAUAUCUUGGUGUCUACGGGAAAUCCAUUCCAUUCUUGACGAUCGGAAUCUGCUGUUUAUUGGCAGGGGUUUUAUCUGCUUUUCUCCCAGAGACUCUGAAUAAAAAUUUGCCUCAGACGAUAAAUGAUGCCAAAGAAUUUGGAAAGGAUCAGAAGUUCUUUUCAUUUAACAGGAAAAAACCACAAGACAGGACAGACAGACAGAUCCCUAUCUUACUUUCAGAAAGAAAAACUGCCAACUGCAUGAGCGAUGAAGAAAAUUCAUUAUUGGAAUGUUCACUACAGAAAGGAAAGAUUAUGAUAUUGCCAAGGAAUGUAGAACAUGAAAACGAGGACAAAGAAAAGAACAAUAAAUUGUUAUUUCGGAAUACAAAAAGCUUAGAAGAAGCAAAUAAUGCAAUAAAUGAAUCAUUAGCGAAUGGUUUACCAUGAAAUUUACUUUUGGAAGAGAACCUUAAAAAAAAAAAAAAAAAAAAUGUAUGAGUGGUAAUUUAGUAUUUGAAAUAAAAAAUAUUUUAAUUUAA